AAUUUGGGCGUCGAGAGAGCGAUCUAAUAAACGCGUCUAGAAUCAAAUCAAAACCUCCCUCGGGGGUGCCUUGGUGAUUCUCAAAACUAAAUCGCAAAACUCAGAUCUCGAGAGGAAGAAAAUGGCGGCGGUUACACCAUUAGCAAAGUACAAGCUGGUCUUCCUCGGGGAUCAAUCCGUCGGCAAGACCAGCAUCAUCACUCGAUUCAUGUACGACAAAUUCGAUACCACUUAUCAGGCAACUAUUGGGAUUGAUUUUUUGUCAAAGACAAUGUACAUGGAAGAUAGGACUCUUCGUCUCCAACUCUGGGACACUGCUGGACAGGAGAGGUUUCGGAGUCUGAUACCAAGCUAUAUCAGAGAUUCUUCUGUUGCUGUUAUUGUCUAUGAUGUUGCUAAUAGGCAGUCGUUCUUGAACACCUCCAAGUGGAUUGAGGAUGUUCGUACAGAGAGAGGUAGUGAUGUCAUCAUUGUUCUCGUGGGUAACAAAACAGAUCUCGUUGACAAGAGGCAAGUCUCGAUAGAGGAAGGAGAUACCAAAGGUCGUGACUUUGGAGUAAUAUUCAUAGAGACGAGUGCGAAAGCUGGAUUUAACAUCAAGCCACUAUUCCGCAAGAUAUCAGCUGCAUUACCAGGAAUGGACACACUUUCAACGAGACAAGGUGAUAUGGUUGAUGUCAACCUUAAGUCAUCGACUACAUCUCAAGCGGAGCAACAACAAGGUGGCUGUUCGUGUUGAUUGGAUUUAAAUAUACUUUAACUGCAACAGAGUAGACAGAUUUUUU